CAAUUGGAAGAAAAGGCUGCAGAAAAUUUAGAAACUCGAGUUAAGAGUUAACAGCAAAUAUCUAAGUUUUUAUAAUAGAAAAUGUCUGAUAAAAAGGCUGGGGAAACCUCUGAAAGGAAACCAUCAAACAACAAGAAUAUUAGGAAGCUGCGAGCUGUGAGCAUGGUGUGCAGCCUGACUAGCAGUUGGCAGCAGUGGGUGGUGGAGAAUGAGAAGAAGCAAGCCAGCGAGCCCACUGGAUGGGCUCCGUCUUCCCUCCAAGAACUACCCGGGGAACCAAAGAAGACGUGGACCCCCAAAAAGCCUCCCUCUACUCCAACUUUCUUAACUCCAGAGAAGCUUGCAGAGACUCCAGUAUCACCAUCUAAAGGAGCAUCCAUAGAUGAGGACAUCAAGAUCUCAGAGGAGGCCCAUCUUGCAUCUCCCAUCAAAACAAAGCAGGUGGUGAAGACUGUAUCCGGCGGUGUUCAGGAGAAAGGCACAGGUGUUAGCCACCUGGCUGAGAAGAUCAAGAGGGACUCUCUUCCACCCGAUGAAGAGAUUGACCGACUGCUAAAGAAGAAGAGCUCCCCAACGCGCCGCAGGAAGUGCUCCAACAUGGUGUCUUCUUUGACAAAAAGCUGGAAGCAAAUUGAAAAUGACAGGAAGGCUGGAAAAGAAGGAGGAGAUGGUCUCAGCUGUGGGCAAGGAGAGAAGGAGAAGGACAGACCAAAGGACCAGGAUGUUCAGACAAACAAUAUGUCUGUCUCAAAAUCAGGGGAGCAAAGUGACUCUGAGGAGGAAUCCGUCAAGAUAAAAAGACCCCAAGUCUCAGUAUACAAAAAAGAAGCCGAGGAUGCCAACAAAAUCAAUGCCCUUUCUAAGAAGCACAGUGCUGUUGGAAACCUGAAGAGCCGCUGGCAAAACUGGGCCGUGGAGCACACAGUUAACCAGAAACUGAACCCAUUCAGUGAAUACUUUGACUAUGAUUACUCCAUGUCGCUACGACUGCAGAAGGGUGAGGAGGGUUACGGACGUCCAAAGGAAGGUACAAAAACCGCAGAGAGGGCCAAACGAGCCGAGCAGCAUAUCCACCGUGAGAUAGACGACAUGUGCUAUGUGAUCAGGACUAUGGCUGAUCCAGAUCCGGACGGGAAAACCCGUGUCACAUUUGGACAGCUUUUUGACAGAUAUGUCCGGAUUUCUGAUAAGGUUGUGGGGAUUCUGAUGAGAGCCCGGAAGCACGGAAAGGUGGCGUUUGAAGGGGAGAUGCUGUGGCAGGGCCGGGAUGAUGGAGUCAUUAUUACUCUCAUGGUCUGACACUUUCACCUGAUGAUGCUGAAGCUUCAGACACUUAAAAGCUUGUUGGAGCCAUCACUGCAGAUACCUCAAGAAGACAUUUGCUGCUAUUCUAAGAUACUCCAACUUGAUUUUUAUUGUUUUUGAGAUGUUCUGAGACUUUUUUUGGAAAAACUUGGAAAUACUCCAAUGCUUUUACACCUGACUUUAGGAGGAAAGGUCAACAUUUAAGCUCUGAAAUCUGUGUUUAGAGUACUUUGAACUGAAGACUCAUUAGACCUUUGCACUUUAUUAACAGCUUUCAACACUAGGGAUAAAUGUCAUUCUUUUUAUUGCAACUCUCUCACCUUUACCUCAGCCUUACAAUAAAGUUAGAUGUGGGUAAUAACUAGUUACAUUCACUCUAGUACUUUUUCAACAAUUUACUUUAGGGAAUAGUUUUUCUCCAACAUACGUUUUACUUUUACUUGAAUGAUAUUAUUAUGAUGCAUCACUGUUUUUACUUGACUGAAAUCUUGUCUGUUCUAACCACUGGGAUUCAUUUCAGUGAAAGAAGAGCAAAGCUAGUUUGAACCACAGGGUUCAAAUCCCAACCCUGUUCAUGUAUGGGCUUUCACGAAAAUCAUAACUACUAGGUUGACUGGUGGGUCUAUAUGCUGUUUAGGUGUUAGUUUGUGUAUAUGAGUUUGUAUUUAUGUGUUACCUUACCUUUUGUUUCACUGAUCUAAUCAAGUCUGUUCUUUAAGCUUAAAGAGUUUUAUGAAACAAAAAAAAUGAAUAAAAUGUAUAUUUGCAUUUGACUGGUGGAAAUUCAAAACCAUCCAC